CAAAGUUGUCAUUGCAAUCGAACCGAACGAAGAAAUUCGAGUGAAAAAAAACCCAAACAAAUGUGGAUUAGGUUAAUUUUUUGUUUAGGUAGAAGUUUUUUAAUUGCCUUUUUAUUAUAUUUUAUCGGUUUUCGUUGCAAAUCGGCCUGUUCAAAAGGCAAACCGGCAAGAAACCUCACGGCGAAGUCAUGGCGAUUCUACCACCUGAUCCCGUGUAUUGCUUCAGAGAGGACAUGGGGCACAUUCACAGUCUGAGUUUCUGCGUCCGGAGUUCCAAUUUCGUAUCGCACAUAUUGGCCGGAACCGAAAAAGGCACCGUUUACUUCUGGGACUUGGAGACGAACCGACUGCAACACAAGCAAGAAAUGGGCAAAUCCAUCCAGGCCCUGCACAGCUUCGACUUCAAGAUCGUCACGCAGGAGAAGGAGGGCUGCCUGAAGCUGUGGUCGGUGCGCAAGAGCUCCUACGAGCCGGAGAAGACCCUCACCUGCGGCGCCGGCUUCGGCAAGAGCAUCCUGGUGGAGGAGGCGCUCGUCGUGCCGCAGGAGAACGGCCGCGUCGACGUCGUCGACGUGAAGACCUUCGAGACGAUCCGCUCGCUGGCCCCCGACAGGGAGAACUUGGGCAAAAUCAUGGCGCUCGAAGAGGUCACGAUCGGCAGCAGUUGCUGCAUCAUGGCCGGAUACGAGACCGGGGACGUGGUGCUGUGGGAUAUGAACACGUUCCGGCCCUGCGGCCAUCUCAAGCUCCAAGACCAAUUGACUUCAAUAACGUACGAUCCGGUAUCGAGGCGGGCCGUGGCCGGCGGUGCCUCGAAGAACCUCCAAUUGUUCACCGUCGAUUCGUCGUACGAAAUGGCCGUUAAAUUAGAAAUCUCCAUCACCAACGAAGGUUGCAACGUGGUGAAGUUGCGGCCGGACCAGAAGAUCCUGGUGGCCGGCUGUUGGGACGGCAAAGUGAGGUUGUUCUCGUGGAAAACGCUGAGGUUGUUGGCGGUUUUGGCCGAGCACAAGGAGUCGAUAACCGACGUGAAGUUCUCGCCGCAUCCCGUCAACUAUUGGAAGUCCAACAUAAUGGCGUCGAGCAGCUCGGACGGCUUGAUCGCCCUUUGGAACAUCUACAAUUAGGGGUUUGCUUUUUUGUUUUUUAAAUUCGUUCGAUUAGUUGUUUUAGUUUCGAGCGGUACCGCGAAACGCGCGGCUUCCGAGGUACUCCGGAAACGGGCCGUAAGAUGGAUCUCUCUCUUCGAGUCUGAAUAGGCUUUUAGGAUUUAUCGAAUCGAUUUUAAUUGUUAUAUAUGUGAUAAAACGGGUUAGUUUCUGGACGAAUUGUUUUGUGGCAUUGUUUUCGUCUCGUUUUAUAUCGUCAAAUGUCUAUAUUGAGCUGUUUUUCAAUCGAAAAUUUAGAAAGAGUUUCCUUCGUUCUAUACAAAACAAAAAAAAACGAUGUUUACUUACUGAUGUUAUAAAAUAUAUUUUUCUAUGAUUAUCAGGUGCGC